UGUUGAAUGCGUACUACCCACCAAAAUUGCACUGUUGGUGUCAAUGUACGGCCGGAAAAAAAAAAUCCAAUUCUGAAUAGCUCCAUGUCAAGAAACUUCCUGCAAAGAAAUCAACAAACAUUUUCGAAUCCAGAGACAUUUCUACUUUCAAGUAGCAAACAUGGCGCAAGGGCAGGUGCAAGUAUAUUUCACCACCACAUCUCCAGAUAUCGAGUUACCAGAGGGAAAGCAGCAAUUGCUUGUUCCUACCAGUAAGUUUUAAGUUCAAUUCAAAUUUCUCUCAGGUCUUUUUGCAGACUAAUAAAAAUCGAAUGAUAGAUGUACGAAGAUAUGGACUUUCACAGAUUCUCAACUCCGAGGCAAUGCUCGAUACCUCUUCGCCGAUACCAUUUGAUUUCUUAAUCAACGGCACAUUCUUGCGAACGACUCUCGAUGAAUACCUCACUGCGAAUGGAUUAUCCUCCGAGACUACUUUAACCCUACAAUACGUGCGAAGUUUGAUACCUCCUCUUUAUGAAGCAAGUUUCGAGCAUGAUGAUUGGGUCAGUAGUGUGGACGUUUUAUCAAGUAGUUCCGCUGUAGGAAUUUGGGGUAGCAGCUCGAUUGAAGCUGGACAAGAGCGCAUACUAUCAGGUUCUUACGAUGGGCUUCUCAGAGUCUGGAAUAAAUCAGGUCAGGCCAUUGCGACAUCUGCACCGGCCAGUGCUGGUGGACACUCCUCUGGAGUGAAAUCGGCUAAAUUCCUCUCGACCAAACAAAUUGCAUCAGCGGGGUUGGAUCGCACAAUAAGGAUAUGGAAUUAUUCGGAAGCGGAGGACCAUUUCUCUGCGCAAUUGAAGCCGACUUUGGAAUUAUAUGGUCACACUGGUAGUAUUGACUCAAUCGCUGUCCAUGGACCAUCGAAUCGCAUCCUAUCCGCUUCAGCAGACGGACAAAUUGGUUUCUGGACUUCCCACAAAUCUUCAGCUCCUGAAGUAAAUGCUAGUCUUAUUUCUGGACCAUCUGCGAAACGACGCAAAAUCACAACUUCUACAUCCACUCCUCAGCGUGGUCCCCUAUCUCUCAUGGAUUGCCACAAUGGACCUGCAACUGCUGUCAUCUUCAAUCCUGAGGAUUCUACUGUUGCAUACUCUGCUUCCCAAGAUCAUACCAUCAAAACACUCGACAUUACAACUUCUAGCAUUGUUGACACGAGAACUUUACUGAAUCCGAUAAUCUCAUUAUGUGCUCUACCAGGAAUUGGUCAUCAAAUAAUAGCAGCAGGGACAACAGCACGUCACAUCGCUCUCAUCGAUCCCCGAGCUUCGGCUGCUACAACACAAGCCAUGACCCUCCGUGGACACACCAAUUUCGUUUCGUCGAUAUUUGCGGAUCCUGAUAGUAAUUAUGGUUUAGUAUCAGCAGGCCAUGAUGGAACUUGUAGGGUCUGGGAUCUUAGAAGCACAAGACAAGGAACGAAAGAUGAGGGACUCGGCGUUGUGGGAGAGGCGGUUUAUAUCAUUGAAAGAGAAAGUAGGAAAGACAAAACGACUAAACCGGUGGGUGGCGAGGGAGUCAAGGUAUUUGAUGUUAGUUGGGAUAAGGAUGUUGGAAUUGUUAGUGCUGGUGAGGAUAAAAUGGUUCAAGUGAAUAGGGGAAGAGGUGUUACAAGACCCGAGAGAUAGUUUUAUAUACCCCUUUAUAAUGGCCGAGUGGAUUUAUACUUGAUAUCAGAACUUUGGCUUCCGCACUAAUCAUUGGACUUUUUCGUGAAGGGAUCAUGCAAAAAUACUCUGCUUCAUUUGAUCCAUGUAUUUCUGUCCGAAAUGAUGCUAAACUGCCUAUAUACUGAGAG